GCGAGCACUGCUCGCCGAGCAGCAUCGCGCAGGUCAUGGGCUCUCUCUUCGGUUGGUCGGCGUGUGGGCCCUAUUGAGCUCGGUUCCUGGGUCUACGUUUGGCGGCCAGCCCACUACAAGAUUGCCACUAAUUGGAUGGGUCCGGCCCGUGUUAUGGCUGUACGUCCUGCUGACACCUAUCUGGUUUAUUGGUUGGGAUCGAGAGAUGAUGGUGCCGAUGGAAGAUCGUCUACUGAGUCUGGUUACAACCUUAUGCCUAUUCGCCAGGCUACUGUACUCGCAGAUCUCAACGAUCGCUACAACAAGAUCAUCUUGAGAGCUGCUGCCGUGCAACGUGCACUUUCGGCCCGUCAGCAGAUUGUACGUCAACCAGCACUACCUACUCCACAAGACAUCUUUAAUGCUGCUGCCCCCAACAGUCUAUUGUAUCAGGCUGUUAGCAGAUAA